AGUGCCUCCCUCUUCUUUUCUUUCCUUUCUUUCUUCGUUCGUUUACCCGCCAUUUGGAACAUCUACGUCAACUCUGUUUUUUCUGCCGGGUGCGUUUCGCAUUCGCGGCUCGUGUUUUCUCUUUUUUUUUUCUUCUCUCCGUUUUUUUGUAGAACACCGCCGUUGGCGUGCGUCGGUGGGCGACGGCGCGCUCUGCUCUGUUGGUGGCUUCACCAUUUCUUUUUGUUUGUGUGCGUGCUUCUUAUCUUGGCGUUCAUCCCCCUUCUCCCCCACCUCCCGCUUUUACCUCCCUUUCCAUCUCACAUCUUCUUAGCAGUUGCUUUAAGAAGAAAGAAGGAACCUUUGCCCUUGCGGCUCCUCGUCACAGGAUGGGUCGUCGUCAGACACAGCAGCAGGUGCUGAUGGGUGACCAGCGCCUCACCUUUUACCAGCGCAAUGUCCAGAUCUCCGACAACACCCGCAUGCACUCCGUGGCCUCGUCGUACGGCGGCAUGCCCCGCGACACCGGCACCAACCCGCUAGCAGCCAAACGCAAGGCGCAGGAGCAGCUGGAGUCAGAGGAAGACUACUUGCUGGUGGAGCCCAACGAAAAAGGCGGCAGCUUCAACGAUCAAUUCCUCGCGACGAUGGAGCGGACGAUGCAGCAGAAGCUGCGCGACCCACUCUCCACCGCGUUAGAGGUUUUCGUGCCGAUCCUCUUCGUCGUCGGCGCCAUCAUUCUGUGGGCCGCCUUCGGCGAUAAGAAGUACCCGGCUACCGAGAAACUCAAUUACAGGGCCGCCUCUUCCUUGAUGAUCCCCUCCUUCUACUACUACGUGACGUGCAACAACAUGUCGAUGGGCAUCAUUCCCGGUCUCGCAGACUGUGCGGAGGUCGACUGGCACUACGACUGCAGCGGCGAUGAGUCGAGCCUGCCGCUGAAGGGCUUAUGCUUUAAUGGGACUUCCGGCUCCGACAGCCUCGUGGGGCUUUACCUGAACGCCAUUUUGGCCAACGCGGCGGCCGUCCCGCACCUCGACACGAUCAUUCUCCUGCAAUGGGCAGCGCGAAAGAGCGCGAUGAUUAAGGCCAGCAGCGCUUCGACCGCCGUGCUUGCCGCUGCCGGGAUCACCCCCAGCACCCGCGUGAACGCCAUUUCGAAUUCCGGCAAGCUCUAUUUCGCCCCGCGGGCGAGCGUCCCGCAAGAUCUCAUUGACUGGCUCAACCAGAGCUCCCUCUACUUCCAGUACAUCUACGGAGACACCUUCGACACGAUCGAGGAGGCGGAGAAGUACGUGAAGAGCACCGUCGACUACCACUGGGGCAUCGUCGAGGUGAAGGCAAUGAACGCGACGGACUUCGAUGUCGUGCUGCACAUGAACUCUAGCGCCCUGCCCUCCAUGACGAAAGUGACCGACGUGCUGUACGCGGGCGGGUUUAAGUUUGACCACGCCGAGCUGUACCUCGUGUCGGGCUUCAACACCCUCCAAAAGUCGAUCUACGAGUACUACCUCUUCAGCCUUGGCUACACCGAAGCGUCAACGCUCCACCCGUACAUGGUCUCCUUCGGCACCCAGGCAUACACGGAGAAGACGCUGCUGAACACCGCUGCCUCGCUCAUCUCCUUUAUUCUCGUGCUCUCCUUCCUCUACCCUGUGUCGCAGCUGGCGAAGAAGAUUGUGCUGGAGAAGGAACUGCGCAUUCGGGAAGCGAUGCUGAUCAUGGGCCUGAGCAACACCUCCCUCUACCUCGCGUGGUUUGUCACCUACGCCCUGCAGUACCUAAUGGGAUGCAUUGUCAUGGUGGUGCUGCUGAAGGUCACCUUCGCCCCUAGCAGCGACGCGUUCAUUCUCUUUCUCACCUUCUACCUCUUCGCCCUCAGCACGAUCCCGCUGUCGGGACUCAUCGCCGCCUUCUUCAGCAAGGCGCGUCUUGCCUCGAUGCUGGCGCCGCUGAUUUACUUCGCCUUCUCCGUGCCGACGUUCGCCUUUACGAGGGCCUCUGCGAAUGCCAUCAUUGGCGUCUCGGUGCUGUCACCGACGGCCUUUGCAGCGGCGUUGACGAACAUUCUGACGAUGGAGGUGAGCACCGGUUUUGGCUCGGGCGACUUUCACAACCCCGCGCUGAGUCCGCAGAGCUACGUUCUCUACGCCGUGCUCACGGCAGACUUCGCGGCGUACUACCUCUUCAUGUUCUACUUCGACGCCGUGCUGCCGAAGGACUGGGGGACGACGAAGCACCCGCUCUUCUUCAUCACGGGCCCCUUCAAGUGGUGCGCCCACCGGUGCUGCAGGAAAGAGUACGAUGUCACCGGCGACAACGAAGACGGCCGCGCCGAGGACGGCGUCUUCGAGGACGAUGACGGCACGGAUGCCACAGUGCACAUCGUGGGGCUGCGCAAGGAGUACAAGCGUGAUGGCAAAUCGUUUGCUGCGGUGAACAACCUGUACUGGAACAUGAAAGAGCGCGAGAUCUCCGUCCUGCUGGGCCACAACGGCGCUGGCAAGACGACGACGAUGAACAUGAUGACGGGGAUGACCACCCCGGACGAGGGCGACUGCUAUAUCAACGGCUACUCCGUCCGCGAGGAGCUGGACCGCGUGCGGCAGCAGAUCGGCUUCUGCCCGCAGCACAACAUCCUGUGGUCGGAGCUGACGUGCCGCGAGCAUCUGGAGUAUUACGGCAAGAUCAAAGGCUUGUGCGGCCCUGUGCUGGAGGAUGCGGUGCGCAUGAUUCUGCGCGAGGUGGCGCUGCUGGAUAAGAUUGAGUAUCCCUCCCGCGACCUCUCCGGCGGCCAGAAGCGCAAGCUUUCCGUCGCCAUCGCCUUUGUGGGUCGCAGUCCGCUGAUCUUUCUUGAUGAGCCGACGGCCGGCAUGGACGUCGGUGCGCGGCGACACACGUGGGAGCUGCUGCGCCGCAUGUCAGAGGCGCACACGAUCAUGCUGACGACCCACUACAUGGACGAGGCGGACCUUCUAGGGCAACGAAUCGGCAUCAUGAGUCGCGGCCGACUGCAGUGCUCCGGCAGCAGCAUGUUCUUGAAGUCGCGUCUCGGCGUGGGCUACAACAUGACUGUAACGGUGGACCCCGAGGCGGAGGCGGAGGAUGUGGACCGGCUCGUGACCGCCCUCGUCCCGAGCGCUGCGGCCUCCAGCUUCAACGGUGUCGAGAUCGUGUACAAGCUGCCAAUGCAGGAUGUGAAACGCUUCCCCGCGUUGCUGGCGGGCAUAGAACAGGACGGCGACAAGGCGGGCGUGCGCGGCUACUCGCUGUCGGCCACGACGCUCGAAGAGGUGUUCCUGCAGAUUGCGUUGGAGGACAUGCGGCAGCAUAAAGAGAGCAACAAAGUCGACGAGGACGAGGCCGUGGUGGAGGAGGAGAACCGCGCCGUGUGGCACUGCGAGAUGCUGACCAGCAGGACGAGUCGCAUGACGUCGCAGUUCAAGGCGAUGAUGUCAAAGCGGUUGUGGAACGCGCUGCGUGAUCGCCGUAUGCAGUGCUUCCAGCUCGUGUGCCCGGUCGUCUGCAUCCUGCUGGCGAUGCUGCUAACGCUCGUCACUUUUUCUUCCACCGGGUCGAUCGACCUCUCCGCCGAGAUGUUCGGCGAGACGGUGCAGAUGGAGGUGUCGGGCUGCACGGGCUACAUCGGCGAGAUGGACAGCGCCACCCGGCAGGGCGCGCUCAUUUCCGAUCGCAACUUCGUGAACGGCCUGCAGAUGUCCCAGUACGCCACCGACACAUCCAAGUCGCUGACCAUGCCGCGCUACACGUCCAUCGUCUGCAACGACCCCGGCCUGAACGUCGUCGUGCCUGACGAGGAGACUGCCCUGCUUCUCUUCUACAACACCUCCGCCUUCCACUCCGGCGGGCUCGGCAUACAGCAGUUUUACUCCUACGUCCUGCAGCACAUCACCGGUGAUGUAAACCGCACGUUCAAGACCGCGACAAAGCCGAUGCCGGAGUCGUCCUCCAGCUCCGAGGUAAAGGGUGGCGUGCAGACGAUUCUGAUUGGCGCCAUUGUGAUGAUUCCCUUCACCUUUCUCCCGUCGAACCCUGUCGCGUGGAUCGUGAAGGAGCGGGAGUGCAAGGCGCGGCACCUGCAGAACGUCUCCGGACUCAACUACUACGUCUACUGGGCCACCACCUUCUUGUUCGACAUCGUCGCCUAUCUCAUCACGCUGCUGCUCGUCAUUAUCAUAUUUCUCAUCUUCCGACGCAAAGAGUACGUCGGGACAGAAACGGCGGGGCCGACAAUCGUGAUGUUCAUCGUGUACGGCUUCUGCAGCACGGUCUUCGCCUACGCCGUCAGCUUUGCCUUUGACGAGCACUCCACCGCGCAGUCCAUCACCAUGGCCGUCAGCUUUGUGGCUGGCUUCCUGCUGGUUAUGAUGGUGUUCAUUCUCUCCCUCGUCGACACGACCAAGAACGUCUCGAACUACCUGCGGUGGCCGUUCCGUGUUGUGCCCUCCUACUGUGUGGGAGAGUCGAUCAUCAACCUCGCCAUGGAUCGGCAGAAAAGGGUGUUGGGCCAGGCCUCGCACCCGUGGGGUAUGGAGGUGGUUGGGUGGCCCUGCGUCUUCAUGAUAAUCGAGUUCCCCGUGUUUCUGAUCAUCAUCCUUUUCAUUGAUCACCCACGCCGACGCAUGUGGGGUCAAAAGCGCAGCUACGACCGCAGCGCCGCUGCCGAGGUGAUCGACGACGAAGACUCCGACGUGGAGGACGAGCGGAAGGAGGUCUACGAGCAGGAGGAGAAGAACGUCAAUGACGACAUCGUGCGUGUGGUGGACCUGCGCAAGGUGUACAGGAACGGCAAAGUCGCCGUGCGCAACCUCGCCUUCUCCAUUCUGCCAGAUGAGGUCUUCGGCUUCCUCGGCACGAACGGCGCCGGCAAGACGACCGCCAUCUCGAUGCUCUGCCAGGAAUUUAUCCCCACCAGCGGCAACGCGUACGUGUGCGGGUACGACAUCGUCGAGGACAGUGCGGAGGCGCUGCAGUGCAUUGGCUACUGCCCGCAGUUCGACGCCACUCUGGACCUGCUGACUGUGGAGGAGCACCUUUACUUGUACGCGGGUAUUCGCGGUAUUGUGCACGAGCAGCGACCGAAGGUGGUCUCGGGUCUCAUGCGGCUGUGCGAGAUUACGGAGUACCGCAACACGACCUCGGCGCAGCUAUCCGGCGGCAACCGGCGCAAGCUCUCGGUCGCCCUCUCUCUCAUGGGGUCUCCCCAGAUCGUCUUCCUCGACGAGCCGUCCGCCGGCAUGGACCCGGUGGCGCGGCGUGGCCUGUGGACGGCUGUCCAGCAUGUCUCGCAGAACUGCUCCGUUGUGCUGACGACGCACCACCUGGAGGAGGUGGAGGCGCUGGCAGACACGGUGGCCAUCAUGGCAGACGGCGCUCUCCGCUGCAUCGGCGACAAGUUGCACCUGAAGCAGAAGUACGGCAGCGGCUUCGAGCUGAGUCUUCGUAUUGCCCACAAGGAAAUGCGACAGGAGGUGCAGGACUUCGUGGAGAAGAACUUCGAGGAUGCCGUGCUGAACGAAUUCAAAGGGCAGCGAUUUGUGUUCGGGCUGCCGCAGGACACGAAGCUAUCCGAGACGUUUGCAUGCAUCCAGGAGAACCAGUCGCGGCUCGGCAUCACCGACUACAGCGUGUCGCAGACGUCGAUUGAGCAGGUGUUCCUGCGCAUCAGCGAUGAGCAGGAGGAGCGAGAGCAGCGCGGCACCAACCGCAACGUGACCCGCUUCACGAAGAGCCACGCCACGCUGCACGACUACCGCGGCAACUCCACCGCCGUGCGCCGCCGCGGUUCGGACGACGAGAAGGGCAAAGGAAGGGCCGCGAAGAAGCAGAAGAAGACAGCCGUGACGGUCAGCUCGGCCGCCGUGGAGGCCUACCGUCAGCGCCAACUUGACGGAAGCAUGCGGGGCGACGGACAGAGUCAGCACAGUCGCAUGUCGGGUAGUCGGCGCGGAAGUCGCAGUAGCAGCUCAAGUGGCAGCACAAGCAGCAGCAGUAGCAGCAACGGUGAGGAACCGGUGGAGAUGCAGCGGAGACCCAGUAAAGGCCCGCAACGGCAGCUCAGCACUGCCGCGCUACGCGAGAAGCGCGGCGAUGACACGGCGCUCCAGCCCACCGCCGAUAGUCAGUACAACGCCUCGACGUCGAGCAGCAGAAAACCCGGCAGCACCGGGAUGCGGCAGCGCAACGUGCAGCAUCCGCUGGCGCCUAACAACGAUUACGGGGCGAGCGGAACCGGGUCGAGCUACGGCUACGGCCAAAACUACGGCGCAGCGGCGGGCUACAGCAAUGCGAACCAGGACCCCUACAACUACAACUACGGCAACGGCAACGCUGAUGGUGGUGCACCGACGCAGUCAACCUACUACGACAAUGUGUAG